AUGACUAUCGAUAAUAAGAUUGUUGCUGUUAGGAACAAAGCUCUGGCUCUAUACAGGACCAACUUGUAAGUUUCGCUUAUUAUUUUAGAUUUUUUAGACAUAAGUUGAUUUCUAUUAACGAAUUGUAGUUUAUUUGAUUUAUAACAUCAAAAAAAACUUUACUUGCUGUUGAGGUAUAGGUAAGGUAAUAAUAUUAUUUUCAGCGCUGAAAGACUUGGAUCUCACUUAUUAGCUGGUCAGACGGCUCUAAUCUUUCGAGAUUUUGCUGAUGUUGGGACAUAUAAGUCAGUUGGGUAAGUUUUUCACUUUAUUUUUGUUUUGUCUUUAGAAACGUCAAGCUGUUACCUAAAAUAGUAUAAUCUGUGCCGCAGAAGACCCAAUUGUCUUCUUUCAGAGACUUACUAAAGUAUUUCCAAGAAGAAGGAGCCUAUUUAUGUUCGCUUUAUCCAUCAGAAUUCGUGCUUCGAAACAUUCUGUGUGCAGCGUUGAAGAUCGUGCGAGAAGAAGCUCAACGAUUGGCUUCAGGGAACGACGAUCUGAACUCUUUUGAUUCGCUGACGAAGCUGUGGAUAGAUCCGAAGAAUUCGAGGUUGAACGUGAACAAUGAUGAGCUCAGGAGAGGCGUUAUGAGCUCUUUGGAAGAGUUUUCGUCAGAAAUGAAGUCGACUAGGCGAGAGAUUGCCAAUCAAGCUGUUAAUCACAUUCUGCCAACGGAUACUGUGCUGACCUAUCAGUUUAGUGCAUCUUCUACUUUAAAUGUAAGGUUUUGAAGGGUUGAUUGUUAUUUUGAUGGGGGAGUGAUAGUGUUUUAGUUUAAAAAAAAAUUUAACGGACAUUCUACUUGAACUUAAGGCACUAUCGGAUCUUUUUGAUUAUAUCUUUUAUGAUAGGAUAGCUAGGGACCUGAAACUUACUGAAAUUAUAGCGUGUUCUUUUUGUCAACUAACCUAAUUUACAGAAUUUUAAAGUUAGGUUUUAUUUUAAAGUUACAGUAGUUCUACCGUAGCUUACUUGAGAAAUUUGGAUGAAAUAUUGAAAAAGCUUAAAGAUACGUUGUAAAAAGCAUUAUACUACGGUUUUAGCGUUUAUAAAUUACUACUAAAGUCAUUUUCUUAAAAUUUUAGGCAUUUUUUGAAAAGUCAAAGUGCUGCAUUCUGUCAGUGGAUGAUAAGAAGCUGAUUGCUGAACCGAAUGUCAAGGCCAAUUUUACUCCAAUGGAGGAUGUGUUAACAGUCAUGACACAAGUUACGAGAGUAGUAUUGUCAGCUGUAGCUGUGCUUCCUGAUGGGUCUUGUGUGUUACCGGCUGGUAAGGGAUUGUUACCUUUGAAAUUCAUUGCUUUGUUGAUGACUUUUUGGCCUUAUUAUUGACCCGGUCGAUAAUUUUUUGGAAACUUUUAGAACUUAAGGUUGUACAUGUUAUACGGCGGCUGUUUUUUUUUAGAUUUUGAUUAAUAAUAAUUAUCGAACGGUCGAUAAUUUUCUAGAGCUUUGUUUUUCGUUUUACACUUUUUUAGUCGAUUUUUGAAUUUUAAAGCUAAUUUUUUAAAAUUUCUAGGUUCCUUGCCAAUUUGCCUUGCGGCCGAACGCCACUCAGUACCAGUACUAGUCAUUGGAGCCUUUUACAAGUUUACGCCCAUCUUCUUGCCCAAUGUUGACGACUUUAAUGCGACCACGAACCCGGCCGGAGCUCUAGGAGAUGAACAUGAACUGCUGGAACGACCCAACUUCAGUGUAAGGAACCCACUUUUUGACCAUAUCCCAAGCAAGCUGGUAACAUUGUAUGUCACUCAGUCGUCCGCCGUCUCCCCGCCUCAUGUGUAUCGUCUGUUGGGAGAGUUUUACCAUCACGAAGACUUGUACCACUUUAAGGUUUGAUUUUUGGGGUUUAAUGGUCUAUAGUGCCAAAGAUGGUACUAAACGUUGAGUUGAUGCUUCGUUUUUGAAAGUAGUACUUAGGGACGUGGCUAGGGUGGUGAAUAGGGGUGGAUUCACCCACCCGUCACCUAUUAUAAAACAAGUAUGUAGCGACGUCCCUGUUGGUACUAAUUUUUAAUUAUUAUUUUAAUAAGUCGUACUAAAUAGUACUAAAUUUCAUACUGCAUAGUCUUUUUCAUAACUUUUAUCUUUAGCGUGACGAUUUUCAAAUACAAAUUAGUGACGAGCUGUCCAAGUUCCUCAAAAAGUGA